ACAGCGACUGUGACUGACCGCUGACGUGUACUUGUUUUUAUUGCGGCAUCCCGGACUGCAUCGUAUUUCUUGCAAAAAAGAUUUUCCAAGUCUAUUAACUACAAGCAGCCAUCAUGAUCACCGACAUGCAACUGGCAGUGUUCUCCAACUUUGUUGGAGUUUCUAUAUUCUUAUUAGUAAUUCUAUACCACUACAUCAAUGUCAACAGCAAGUAGGUAAACAUCAACCAGUCAGUUAAAGCAACUAUGUGGUAGGAUUAUGUUCUCUAUCUAUGUAAUAAUUAAGAUGUUAAUAAAAUAAGUAUUCUCACUAA